AGCGAGGGGGCGGUACUAGAAAAAGCAGCCACUUGAGGUACUAGAUCGCGGUGGAAACGCAAAAAAGGCGAGCUGAGUCGAGUCGAGUCGAGUCGUGUCGAGCUGGUACCAUGCAGUGGAAAAGCGGCAUUAGACUGUUGGUGGGCUUUUCAACCACUUACGAAUAUCCAUGAUGAUGAACUAGAAAUGAAUGUAAUUCCCCCUUUGCGCCUUCCCUGAAUUGAAAUAGCCUACUAUUGAGAACCUGCUAAUAUUUAUUUAUUUAGAUUAAUACAAUUAGCUGAGAUAACCUCUGCAACAACUUAAAACAAUUUCCAAGUUCAGUUUAUUAACUCAAUUUGUAACAUUUAAACAAGACUGCUAAGUCUGUGUGAAUCUCAAAACAGAGAAACAAGAGCAUAUGAUUCACUGGGGUUUGCAUUUAAUUAAAAUUAUUUUUUGUCAGCUUGUCAGCUUCAUCAGCUUAUUCCCUUUCAAAAAAAUAAUAUAUGUUCAUCUUUCAAGCAUGAAUAAAGACACCAAGUCUCUCUGUCAUGACUUUGUACGAUCAAAAUUCUUGUAAAACUUCUGACCCUUGGUAUUAUGUUUAUUUGAAUUAAAAUAAGUAACUUAUUAAAAUAAAUCAAUUUUAUAACCUGAGGGCGUUUUCAUGAGCCUCAUAGUAUUAGAACAUGUGGUACUUGUUGAUUAGCUCAGUUGUUAUGGCAAUGAAUACGCCCUCAGCUGAUAAAAUAAUGCCAGCGUCUUUUUUCAACUGAAAAUUAGCACCCAUGUAAACUUUUUCUGCUCCUUGCACGUUAUCAUGCUUAUCAUGUUACGCAGAAUUACAAGCCCCUGCCGACUAAAAAAUUAAGCAAUUCAAGAGGCGGCAUAGUUAGAAUCGCCUUGUGGUCAACUGUCAUUUAAUAGUCAUCUGACAGAUUAUGUCAAGAUUUUAAAAUGAUUAUUAUUAUUAUUAGCAGCUGGUCAUGUUAUAAACCAGCUGGUAAUCGUGGAUUUUCUGAUAAAGACUAGCAAGCCUUUUUGACAGACAUAACACGCAACGAUGAAUUAUCAAAUAUAAUUCACCGCCGGAAGUUGUGAAGGGCCCAUGCAAGUGAACGGAGCGUUAAUAAUAUAAAUAAUAAUAUAAUAUAUACAUAUUUUUUUCUUUUUUUGACAUCUGUGCCUCAAGUGGGGGGGCACAAGCAUUGUGGGGGGCGGGCCCGGCCCCCUAUGGCCCGCCCAUAGCGACGGGCCUGGUUGAGUAUGCUGCGAUCUUUAUAGCUCCAUGGCUGGCACGCGGUGGGUCCCAGUGUAAUUUGAGAAAUGCAUCCCUGCCGGCGAUUUUCAUUGGAUUAGGAAAUUAUGGGCGGGACUAUUUUGUCCCGCUCACGGACGCUCUGGCAUCUACGGAUACGAAUACUUUUGCUACACAUUUACCACCUAGGCGUGUUGCAAAACAACCUGCAAAAAACCCCACAGCUGAGACUUGCAGGAGCAGAUUUGAGCCGUUGUAAAAUGGAUUUGUGCUCGCUCAUUAAAAUGCUGAAUUAAUAUAGCGUUCACAGAUGUGCAACUUCUGAUGCAUUAGUUCAAAUUUGGGUUUACGAAUGCACACCAUUUGGGCAUGUUCUCAGAUUAUGAAACAUAGGUGUGCGAAUGUGUUUUGCAAUUCCAACUGCGCUGCAAUAAUUGUAGCGAAAGGAUUUGUUCAACUGUAACACAGAUUUGCGUACUCGUAGACCCUAUUUUGUGUUUACAAUGGUAUAAAAAAUAUUUACGACUACAAAUGUACUGUUACACAUUUGUGACUUUAGAGUACACUUGCAAAAUAAAUAUAUACGACUUCAAAUUUACUGUGACUUUAGUGUACGCAUUCAAAUUCUGCAGUUACAGGUCCUAAAGACUUUUGCUACAAUAAUACCUUCAUACACGACGACAUGCUCCCCACAAACCAAACACACAGGUUUACCCUUGACUUCAAUAAAGAAAAGAUUAGCAGUUUGAAAGUUCUGCAUUCAGCAACCAUGAAAGAGGCAAUGUUGGCUCAUGCCUCUUUUUGGCAUCAGCCAACAUUUUCACAUUUUUUCCGGGUGACAAGGAAGGUCAACAGUUCAGGGGUGACACGGAGGGAAGACAGGUUGUCAAUCACACGCAUUUCACGUGCACAGUUGACGUGCAUGAUUGCGUGCACUGUGAGAAUAAAUGGGCUUCAAAAUAAAAGCAAUGCGGUUUUAGUCCACCCAUACGGAAAAUAUGUUUUCUUUCUUUUUUUUUUCUUUUUCUUUUUAAUUAUCAUGUCAUCUUUCGCGGGCCGGUCAGAACCAUCCCGCGGGCCGUAUUUGGCCCGCGGGCCGUACAAUGCAAAGGUCUGGUAUAGAUGCUUGAUAGUGGGCCAAGAGAUAAUGUGGGGCCGCGUUGCGACGAAGCGGCCGCGCGAACCCGACAAGCAUGCCGCCCCGUGAUUGGCCGGCCCAAACGGCCCACGAGAGGCCGCGGCCCCUCUGGCAUCUGCCCGAAUGCCAGUCCGUCCAGUCCGUACUGGAUACCGGUUUGAUAUAUAUGUAUAUAUGUAAGGUUUGUCUCACUUGCAGGGGUGGACUGGGACAAAAAUGCAGCCCUGGCAUUUUCUGUCCAGACCAGCCCACUACAUUGUCAGCACUAGGGGUGGGACGAGACGAACGGGAAGAACCCUGUAUGUACUUGAUUAAAACAAUUGAAUCAAGUACAUACAUUCGAAUAAUAGUACAGCACUGUAAAUAGCAGUUGUUACUUUUUUUUUUUUUCUUUUUUUUUUUAAAGUUUGUGUCUCUUGUGCUGCUGACAAGACAGGUGUGAAACCCGAACAGGAAAUAACAAACCUCCUGUGGUCGCUGCAUCUCCUCCCCCCAUAUCUACAAAACCCUUGUUAAAUAUCACACUUGAUCCAACGAUAAAUUAUCUCUUGCAGUUUUUAGUCUGUGAAAAUCUUUUGGUGUAAGACCAGCAUUAAUUAAAACCAGACUCAGAAAAAUAAUAACAAAAUAUCCUGACAAAUAAUCUAAAUAGAAACAUAUUACAACAUAUUAGUAGCAGCAUUAGAGCUGAACUCAUUUGUUUUAACGGUGACUCAGUCAUUAUGAAACCAUGAAUAGAGAAUUUAAAUAGGGAACGUGUAUGUGCACAUGUAUGUAUACAUGUGCACAUACACGUAUAUGAGAAUGCAUAUCUAUUCAGACCUGUAAUUCAUGUCUUAGACUUUUUCAAAAAAAAAAAUUCAAUUAUAGACAAUAUAUAUAUUGCCCUACUUCCUCAUCCGCAGCCAGCCAGCUACACUCCUCGCCAAAUUCAUGACCUGCAAUAAACAACAAACAGAACUUGUACUCAGUAUCUGUGUACUGACAAGUAUAUGUAGCCAUGUAGCCUUUUUGUGAUGAAGUGACACUUAGUGAACAAAUUUAUCUGAUGAAGGAUGACUUAAGUCUGAAAAGAGCCCUAAGGCCUACCUGCAUAACUGUUAAUUGAACUCAAAAAAGAUAUUCAGAUGUUUGAAAUUAAAAUCCUAAAUAUGAAAAUCUUCAACCAGGAAAUAAUCAUAAUCAAACCUUUUGUUUCAAUCUGAGACAAAACAAAUUGCAUAAUAAACUCACAAAGUCAAGACGAAGCUGUCGAGAGAGAAAUAAACAAAACAUAGCGGACUGGACCGGCCCACAUUAGGUCAACGGCCCACCGGGACGAUGCCCGGUAUGCCAGAUGGCCAGUCCACCCCUGCUCACUUGUAUUCAUUUGACUCUUAAAUAACUUGAAUUGAACUUUAGAUGUUAUGGGAUAAGCAGCACAGCAGUCAGGGAGCUACUUAAAGCUAUAAUAAACUGUGCAUUUUGUUUAUUUAGGUAAAGAAUUAUGAUAAAAUGUAGGCUACAUGCACAAUAAAGCAUAAAAAAAUAAAUGCUGCGCGCUACUCGUGCAUUUUCUUUUCGCUCUAGGCUGAACCCCUGAUGUUUCAGAAACCUAGAAACGCCGCUGCCAGAAAUUAACAAAAAGCGUAUCAAAAUCCCAAAGUGAUAGGCCGACUACACAUUACAUAGAAGGCAUGGUCCAAUGCUGCAGGGGUUGACCUCAGAUUAACAGAGGCGGUCAGAGAGACGACCACAGCCUAAGAAAUGUUAUAGGCGUGGCUGCUUUUAAACGAUACCCAAUAUUUGCCUACGAGUAUCAAAGAGCUUUGCCAUUACGACCUCAUGCAUGGGUGGAGCUUGAUUUCAGAAACACACGCACGCGAGCGCACACACACACGCGCGCGUGCCCAUGUACACGCUCAUGCACACGCAUGAUCAUAAUAGCGCACGUAGGCUAUGUUUGCCCUCUCAAGGAAGAGACAACUAACCAAUCAAUAGACCUCAAGAUCAAGUCGCGGAUGCUUCGUCUCGGUGAACUCCAGGGAGGACAUUUACAAAGACACCUGGUCUGCACCGCUUUUAUUUGGGAUAUGUUAUAGCGACUCUGGAAAGCCAUGUAUUCAGUGCAAGUAGACGACUGAAUCUGUUUAUUCCCCUGUCAACUGCUGACUGCGAGCUCCCUCGGGCCUGUCCACUCCUCGUCCUGACUCCUCCUCCCGACUCCGUUCCCAUGGCGAUAGGGAUGGAGAACUGGACGGUUAGGAGGGGUAAGUGUGUCCUGCUCCUCGCCCUGUGUUCGGUCUUCAUGCUCCUGAGCUUCCUGGACAUUCGUCUGCUUGUUCCAAGACUGUUCCGACCAUUACCGCCAUCCGCUGACCCCGCCCCCAACCUCGCCUGUGGCGCCGUGGCCGCCGAGACCAUCACGCCGCUGGCCCACACCAAACACCUGCUGGUGUCUGCGUUCGCCGACCGGCGGGAGGGGAAGUUCGACGUGCGCAUCAUCGGCAUGUUCCGGCGGGACUCAGUGCAGCCACUCCGCUGCGUCUUCUGCUGCUCCAACGGGACGCUGGCUGCCGGCCAGUCGGCCAGCAAGACCCCCGCCAAGGUCCUGACGCACUCGGACCACUUCGGCUUCCCCUACGGAGCGACGGACGUCCUGUGCCGGAUCCCCGGCGGCUGCCUGGCCACCCACGUCACCCUGGUGCCGGAGGACCAUGGCCCGGACGCCACCGCCCUCAACCGCACCUUCCUGCCCAUCAGGAACCGGGGGGGCGGGGGGGCAGCCUCCCUGCCCCAGCUCAACCUCACCGUCUGCAUCUCCAACCUCUUCGGAGACUACAACAACGUCCUGCAGUUCACGCAGACUCUGGAGAUGUACAGGCUGCUGGGGGUCAACCGGGUGGUAAUCUACAACACCAGCUCGGGGCCGGACCUCAGCCGCCUGCUGCACAGCUACAGCCAGGAGGGCUUUGUGGAGGUGGUGCCCUGGCCCAUCGGCCGCCACCUCAUCCCGUCCAGGGGCUGGCAGCCUACCCUAUUCCCCGGGGACAUCCACUACUACGGCCAGCUCACCACGCUCAACGAGUGCUCCUACCGCUACAUGGAGCGCUCCCGCUACGUCCUGCUCAACGACAUCGACGAGAUCAUCACGCCCUACCGGCACGGUGACCUGGUGGCCGCCCUGACCAGCCUGCAGCAGCAGCACCCCAAGGCGGGGGUCUUCCUCAUUGAGAACCACAUAUUUCCCAAAAUCCACUUUGAGCCCAGUGGACGGUUCCACCGGCGUCAGUGGGAAGGGGUGCCCGGGGUGAACAUCCUGGAGCACAUCUACAGAGAGGAGCCAAACAGGGCGGUCCACCACCCCUACAAGAUAAUAGUCCAGCCCAGGUCCCUCCAGCAGACCUCCGUCCACUCCGUGCUCCAGAGCUUUGGGGAAGUGGUCCAUGUCCCGCCGGACGUGUGCCGCAUCGUCCACGUGCGCGUCCCCCUGCAGGGUCACCUUACCCUGGACCAGCUCCACGUGGACCAGCGCCUCUGGGACUUCAGCGAGAGGCUGGUCCCCCGGGUGGACUGGGCCCUGAGGAGGGCGGGGCUGCUGAGGUCGGAGGUUACCACGCCCAGCUGAUGGAGGGGGGGCGAGCCACCACUUUCUCUCAAACUUUGGGGUCAAACUGCACAUGGUGGACGGUGUUAAAAUGAGGAAUUGAUUUCUUCCUCAAUUCAGAAGAAGUAACAAGGGGAAGUGGUUUGUUUGUAAUAUGGGUCCCAUGGCUAUUGUACUCUUUUGUACUCAGUACUGAACUGAACAAUAAAAACAAACAAUAAGAUUGAUGGGGACUACAAAUAUCUUUGAAGGCAGGUGUAAUUACUAAGAGGUUGAAUAUUACAAUAGACCUGCAAUGUUUGGCUGUUAUCCUCACCUGAGCUUCCUCAUUGCACCUCAGAGCCGAAAUCUCUUCUUCAUAAGGUGGAUUAACUCGUUAACCUGAUCAGGCACUUGCAACCGAAAUCCUCAAGUUAUUAAAUAAGUGCUAGGAAGUGGGUCCCUUGGACAGAAAGUAGGACCAUCAGAGCCGGAAGUGGGACCACCGGGACAGGAAGUAGGACCCUGGGACAGGAGCCGGGGCCCUGGAUACUUGCCGAAUAUGUGGAUGGUUUAGCUCAUCGCUUGAGUAAUGUUUUCCUGUCUAGAGACUCCAUUCAAAUUUUAAAAUAUUCACAAUAGCUUUGAAUUGCGCACUUCUUUUCAAGUUUUUACAUAUAUUUUAUACUUUUUAAGAUAUUCUACUUUCUGUCUACUGUCAAUUGGCCGUCCCCUUGUGUGUGCGGUGCGCUGUGUGUUGUGUGUCGAAUUUAAAUAAAGGCAACUCUCGGGAGUCGUGCGGUGUAUGGGGCAUGAGAGUUGCGUAACCGCUUGA